ACAGUUAUACAGUAGCGGCCAACUGAGUAUCACUUUACUAUAGUAAUAAUUUACUAUAACAUUUUACAGUGACUGUUUGAAAAACUUAAGGAGAGGAAUUAUCAAAAGUUACUGACGUGUAAUAAUUUGGAAAUCAUGGGUCGACAUAUCAAUAAGUUGUUACGAAGUCCAUUAGUAAUAGUGUUUCUAGUGCAAGUUUGUGUAUGUGAUCGUGAAACAUGUGACCGGCGUCCUUUCGAUACUCAAACCGCGCCUUUACCACCUGAUAAUAGAUUUUAUAUAGAUAUCGAUGGAAUCACAGAACGGUAUAUACCGGGAGUCCAAUAUACUGUGCGUUUACUCUCUAAAGACGGUAAGUCAACAUUUAUUGGAUACACAAUAGGUCUUCGAGAAGACGAAGCAUACAAUGAGAAGAACCCUCGUAAACCAAAACGUUUGAAGCCUGGGAGACUACAGCCGUCACCAGACUCGCAUGAAGGAAAGACUCGUCCAUAUUGUAACAAUACAGUUAUACAUUCCGAUAUUACUCCUAAAACAUCCGCCGAGGCUCUGUGGAUUGCUCCUGAAAAAGGUAGUCAUUGUGUGACCGUUUACGCAAUAGUUGCUAUCAAGCCUGAUGUUUGGUAUAAUUACGAAGGACCCCUAUCGAAGCGAGUGUGUGAGGACAUCAGGAACGCUGACGAUAUACUACCAACUCAAAAUGAUGACUGUCAAGUUUGUGAGGAGGCCCGAUAUCAAUUGACCUUUGAAGGUUUGUGGUCAUACAACACACAUCCUAAGGCAUUCCCGCAAUCGCAAGAACUGGCUCGCUUCAGUGAAGUCGUCGGAGCGUCCCAUAGUAAAUACUUUAGUGUUUACAAAUACAAUACAGAAGCAAGUGCAGGCAUCAAAAUGUUGGCUGAGCAGGGAAACACUACGCAACUUGAAAUGGAAAUCCAAGCCGAGUUGGGGCACGGUGUCCGCACUGUGAUAAAGGCUACUGCACCCGCUAAGACUAAUUUGACAACCUUAACUAGCUUUCGAGCAAACAAGGAAAAUCAUCUGGUAUCUCUAGUGACGGGCAUCAUGCCUUCUCCGGAUUGGUUCCUCGGAAUGGCUAAUUUGGAACUAUGCGAAUUUAAAACAGGUCAAUGGGCGAAGACAGUAAAGUUGAAUUUGUAUCCUUUAGAUGCUGGUACUGACAGCGGCAAAGAUUUCGAGUCUUCCAACGAUGGAACGUCACCUCCACAACCCAUCACAUCAGCUGCAAUAGCUAAAGGAGAGAAAGUGAAAGCCUUUGCCAGAGUGAUAGUGGAUUUAAUUCGUACAUACCCUAACCCUAAUUGCGUCUCGGAUACUUCUACAUUUAGUUAUCCUGAAGAGUCAACCAAGGAUGGUAAUGGUGGCAUUGAACCACCUGUCAGUUUAGAGCCGUACACGACACCAAAAAGCGAAGAUAAUGUAACCCCUGACCCGGGAUCAUCAGAGGAAUGUCCCAUGACAGCUUGGGAAGAAUGGCCCUGCGAAGGCGAAUGUGAGAACGGUACCCUCACGGGCAUGAGGCUCAAAUAUCGGUACCACAUUGUAGAUGGAAUCGUAGUCGGUAAAUAUAAUAGUGCUUCCGAGGAUAGAGAAGUGCCUAAGUACUGCUCAAAAGAAGAAACUUUUCAGACUGAACUUUGUGAAGAAGAUUGUCUAAAUAUAGAAUCAGAAGAAGAAGAACAAGAAGAUACACCUGAACCAGAACUUGCUCCUUAAGGAUUAAAAGAGGAAAAAAUCACACAAAUUAUUAAAUCAGAAAUAUAAUUUUAUG